GGUGCUAGAAAGUUGGAAGAAUUUUCUCACAUCGGCCACCCCUCCCAGUCUCUGUAUCACAGACCACUUUUCUUUCUCUCUUCUCUCUCUCUCUCUUCUCUCCCCCCAACAAUGGCUUUUCCACCACACCAGUUUCAACAACACUACCAACCCCAACCACUUCAGCAACAGCACUCAAAAUCCUUCAGAAAUUUGUGCACAAUUGACGGUCAGAUAUCGCAGCCGGCCGCCUAUUACAACCCCACUAAUCUACAAGAUCAGUCUCAGCAUCCUCCUUAUGUUCCUUCAUUCCAUGUUGCUGGGUUUGCUCCUGGUCCCUUAGCUGCAAACGAUGGCAGCGAUGGUGGGGUUGAUUUACCAUGGAAUUUCGGACUAGAACCCAAGAAGAAAAGAUUGAAGGAACAAGAUUUUUUGGAAAACAAUUCUCAGAUAUCCUCUGUAGAUUUCUUUCAUCCGCGAUCUGUCUCGACGGGUUUAGGUUUGUCCCUUGACAAUACCCGCAUGGCUUCCACGGGAGACUCGGGUUUGCUGUUGCCUAUUGGCGAUGACAUUGAUCGUGAGCUGCAGCGACAGGAUGCAGAGAUUGAUAGACUCCUCAAAGUUCAGGGUGAGCAAUUGCGGCAAAAUAUUUUAGAAAAGGUCCAAGCCAGCCAACUUCAAACUCUCUCAAUUGUGGAAGAAAAAGCCCUUCAGAAAUUCCGUGAGAAGGAGGCCGAGGUUGAGAGUAUUAACAGGAAGAAUGCAGAGCUUGAAGAGCGAAUGGACCAGUUAACUGCUGAAGCAGGUGCAUGGCAACAGCGAGCCAGAUACUAUGAAAACAUGAUUGCAGCUCUCAAAUUCAAUCUUCAGCAAGUUUAUGCUCAAAAUAGAGAUAGUAAGGAGGGAUGUGGUGAUAGUGAAGUAGAUGAUACAGCUUCUUGCUGCAAUGGCCGUUCCAUUGAUUUUCACCUGCUUUGCAAGGAUGACAAUGACAUGAAAGAGAUGAUGACUUGCAAGGCUUGUAGAGUCUAUGAAGUGUGCAUGCUUUUGUUGCCAUGUAAGCAUCUCUGCCUUUGUAAAGAUUGUGAAAGUAAGCUUAGUUUUUGUCCUCUGUGUCAGUCCCCCAUAUGUAAUGCAUUGCUCUUGUCGUUUUGUUGACUUCCCACUUGUUCUGUGCUCGUGUUUUCUUCUACGGCUCCUUUGUAUUUUCAACAUUGUUCAAGUUAUCUGCAAUAUUAGGCUUUCUGCACAUUGUUUUUCAGACAUUGUAUAGUAAAUAAAAAUUCUUGUGCCUAUAUUUAUAUUC